AUGAGACAUAGUACGUCCAGUACGUCCCAUCACGAAGCCCUACAAGUUUCCAUCCGAAUCUUGAAACAUGCAACUGGUCCACAGCAGCAAGUCCAAACAUUGGCAGACUGUGAGAUCACCAGCCAUCCGAUUAAUCCACUGGUCCCGACGCAAUCUCAUUAUGACCUUCUAAGAUCCUCGGUCUGCUCUUACAUCACCAGCCCCGCUCUGGAACAACACUCACACCACUAUCACCUCUCAGCGAGAACAGGACAGCCUUCUACAUUUACAAAGGACCCCGAAUCUCCACUUCUUUCGCACCUCUAUCUAAACACCACUCCACAGCUCCAGGUUCACUACACCUAA